AUGGUGAAGAUUUCUACUUUUGCUUUAGUGGCCCUUUCUCUUUGUGGUUUUGCGCUUUCUGAGAAAGUUGAAAGUAAUGCAGCUCCUGCUUUAGAAAUUAGAGGGGUGCAAGAUUCCUCGGACUUAUCUGAGCCCCUUGAAAAAAGACUGAAGAGAUUGAAGUCUAACUUGGACUUAAUUCCAAGUGGCGCCACCGUCAACUACCAAGUAUGGAACUUGACUGAAACAGAGGUGAUGCCCGAUGGUCACUACCGUAGAGGUUUUUUGAUUAAUGGGGAAUCUCCUGGUCCUCUUAUUGAUGGAAACCAAGGUGACUGGGUUGUGAUCAAGGUCAACAACUUCUUAACGGUUCCAAUCACCAUCCACUUUCACGGUAUCCACCAAAACGGAACUAUUUUCUCUGACGGUGUUCCAGGCGUUACUCAAUGGCCUAUUUUAAGUGGUGAUACUUACACCUACGUGUGGAAGAUGGAUCAAUACGGAUUCUACUGGUACCAUGCUCAUUACAGAGCUUAUGCUAACGACGGUAUCAUAGGACCAAUUUAUAUCAACCCUUCUGAUGAGGUUGGAAGACCUUAUGGUGAAAUAACUAACGAUACUGACGAGUUGUCUCUUUUGAACAGAUUAGAAAAGAAGCCAAACUAUCUUAUACUCAGUGACUGGUUUAAGGAAACCUACGAUGAAAUUGCUGUCAAGAUGUUCGCUUAUGGUAUGGACCCAUCUUGUGUUCAAUCUUUGUUGAUCAACGGUAAAGGUCGCCACUAUUGUUUCCCCAACAGUACUUUUGCCAGCCAAGGUGCUACCAAAUACGAAAAAUAUAUGGGUGCUACCGGUGCUGAUACUUGGCACAUGGAUUCCUUCGGUUGUAUGGACCUUGGAACUCUUAACGGUUUCACAUCUAUUGAAUACAACACCACCUUGUUAGAAUUCCCAGGAACUAACACUGAGUGUUUCAACUCUACGGUUGACCAAGAAGUAUACUAUACCAACGAUGAGGACUAUGUCUUCUUCAACCUUAUUAACAUGGGGGGUGAAUUCUCCAAGACAUUGAGUGUCGAUGACCAUAAUUUGACUGUUGUUGCUAUUGAUGGUUCUUAUAUUCACCCUAAAGUAGUCCAACAACUCUAUUUGCCAAUUGGAUUAAGAGUUACGGUUGCUAUUAAGACCGUGGAAGAUGAACACGAAAAUACUGAUGAGCCUUUUGCUAUCAGAGUCCAAGGUGAUGAUAUGCCCCAACUCUACACUGGUCUUGCUUACUUGCAAUAUGGUUCUUACAGUAACGAAACGUAUCAGUACGUGCAAGAGAGCGUUGCUAUUGAAGAUACCAACGGUGUUCUACACAACAACUUGGCUGGUGACUUGUUAGACUCAAGUUUCAUCAAGUUCGAUCCAUUCAGUUCUAGUCCUCUCGAUAGCACUCUCAAGCCACCAACCGGUGCUGCUGAUGUUACCAUUCAAGCUGAAUUGACUCGUCCUGGUUCCACUACUUUCACCAUCUUCAAUGGGGUUGCUUUUGAUGGUGGUAUGGAAAUGAACUAUCCAAUUUUGUUCAAGCUUCAAGGUAAUGAUUCCAUUAAUGCUACUCAAGCCUUCGGAGGUUCAGUUGUAGAUGCUGGAAUCAAGGAGGGUGAUGUUGUUGAUAUCAUUUUCCAAAACACUCCACUUGCAGAUCACCCAAUGCACUUGCACGGACACACUUUCUGGGUUAUUGCUAAAAAUGAUACCGUUAGUACCUUCGCCUACAAUACUACUGAAGAGGCUCUUGAAGAUGGAAGCGACGACUUAUUUAAUUUCGAGGACCCUGCAUAUGUGGACAAUGUUGCUGUUAUUACAGGCGGAUACGCUAUUAUCCGAUUUAUUGCUAGUAACAAUAUCGCUAUGGUUCAUUGUCACAUCCAAACUCACUUGGCAAUGGGUAUGGGAGGUGUUAUUGUGGAAGACAAGGAACACCUUGACAAAGUUCCAGAGAACUUGUUGAAGCAAAACCACGCUGACUACAACUCUCAGGAUGAAUGGAUUCCUUCUGAACUCAAUAUCACCAUUACUUAG